UCUUUAAAUAAAAUUUGUUUCGUCUCAGAAGUAGCCAAGAAAGAAGAAGGAAACCACAGCUACAGUCAUCAAUGUAGGUCUAUUCUCCCCUUUUGCAAUUUUCAAUUCUCGUACUUGGCUGUAGCAACUAAGUGAAGAAUAAACUAUGGUCCAUUCACGUCAAUGGUCAUCCAACAAAACCGCAAGUUUAUGUAUCACCUUCAAUGGAGUUUGGACAGCUUCCUGAAGUUUAUGUAUCACCUUCAAUGGAGUUUGGACAGCUUCCUGGCUUCAGGUUCCAUCCAACAGAAGAAGAGCUCUUGGAUUUUUACCUUAAGAAGAUGGUUUUAGGAAAACAUUUUUGUUCUAAUAUCAUUACUUUCUUGGACAUAUAUCACCAUGCACCUUGGGAUUUACCAGGGCUGGCAAAAACAGGGGAGAGAGAAUGGUAUUUCUUUGUCCCAAGAGAAAGGAAGAAUGGGCAUGGCGGAAGGCCCAGCAGAAUUACUGCAACUGGUUAUUGGAAGGCAACUGGGUCGGACCGGCCCAUCCGGUGCUUGACGGAUCCGAAAAGGUUAUUGGGUCUUAGAAAGACUUUGGUUUUCUACACUGGGAGAGCACCAAAAGGCUGCAAAACUGAUUGGGUCAUGAAUGAGUAUAGAUUGCCCACUGCCUGCUCCUUACCUAAGGACAUAGUGCUCUGCAAGAUAUACCGAAAGGCAACGCCAUUGAGAGUGUUGGAGGAAAGGGCAGCCAUGGAAGAGGUUAUGGCAUCCCAAAUUACAUCUUCAUAUCCUCUACUAGAAGAGGAUGUUUAUUCUUUCUAUAACCAACAAAUGAACUUUAUGCAAGAUUUUGUGGAGGAAGUAGAAGAAAAGUAAGUGGCAAUACUAAAAGGAAGAGGAGGACAUCAACUAAAAUUUUGAAAUUUAGUUUUCUUCUUCUUCUUCCCAAACAAGUCCACUUUCAAAAUGGGUCAUCAAUCCUAUGUUAUGUCCAUUAGUUGCACCUCUAAUCAUGGUAAUUAGUAAGCAAGCAAACCAAGUGGCCAAUAAAAGAUUGAUUUGCCUAUGAGAACGAGCGAGGAUUAAUCGGGCUUACCGUGAACUAUUAAAAUAGACACGGGUCUGAACAUCUCAUGGAAAUAUCCAAAAAAAUAAAAAUAAAAAUAAAGAGUUCAUUAAUUCUAAUAUAAUUUCUGCUUUUGUCAAUUAGUCAUGUAAUGCAAUUUCCUCUCUCUCCCUCUUAUAGAGUUUUUUUAUGGUUAACUCUUGGCUUGUAGGAGUAUGUCCUCAAAACUAGUUUUUGCCUCUAAUUGUGUUUUGGAGUGUAUGUUAAUUAAGUAUGAUUUAGUUAGUGGUUACUCUCCUUGUCUAAGAGUAUGUGAAAAUUUUUUGCUUUUAGGAUAAGUUUACAAAUGUAAAAUCUCUUCUUGAAUAGAAGUUAUAUAACAUAGUAUUUAA